AUGUUGCAGGAGGAGUCGGAUCUGUCUCUCAUUAUUGCCCAGAUAGUCCAAAAGCUCAAAGGCUCAAAUUUGUACGCUCAGUUGGAACGGCAGGCCUGGGCCAGUCUUCAAAGACCUGAGAUUAAACUUGAAUCACUAAAAGAAGAUAUUAAGGAAUUCUUUAAAAUAUCAGGUUGGGAGAAAAAACUUCAGAAUGCUGUGUAUAGUGAACUGAGUGUGUUUCCUUUACCUAGUCAUCCUGCUGCACCUCCUGAACAUCUUAAAGAACCUUUGGUAUACAUGCGGAAAGCACAGGGAAGUUGGGAAAAAAGAAUUUUGAAGAGUUUAAAUAGUAUGUGCACUGAACUGAGUAUCCCAUUGGCACGAAAGAGGCCAGUUGGAGAACAGAAAGAACUUCUCAAUAAAUGGAAUGAAAUGGGAACUGAUGAACCAGAUUUAAGCCUUUUCAGACCUGUUUAUGCACCUAAGGAUUUUCUUGAGGUAUUAAUUAAUCUUCGCAACCCAAAUUAUGAAAAUGGUGAUUCUCUUAGUUUCAGGACUCAUUUGGGUUUAAUCCAAGUUCCUCUCAAAGUAAAAGACAUCCCUGAAUUGAAAGAAUUCUUUGUAGAACUUGGCUUAACUACAGGACAGCUGGGUAUAGAUGACUCGACACAAGUGCCUCCUGAGCUUUUUGAAAAUGAGCAUGUACGUAUUGGGCAAAAAGUUCUAACAGAACAAGAUAGUGCUGCUGCUCAACAGUAUAUCAGACAAGGAAGUCCCACAGCCCUGAGAGCUGAACUGUGGGCUCUCAUUUUGAAUAUCUCCAGUCACCCUGAGGAUAUUUUAUAUUAUGAGCAGCUUAAGACAAAUGUGAUACAACAUGACCUUUUGGUGGACAGUCUAAUUUAUAAAGAUGUGAAAUUGACAGCAAGCAAUGAUGAUUAUUAUUUUGUAUUUGAAGAUUAUUUAUAUCAGGUAUUACUUUGUUUUUCCAGAGAUACAUCUGUAUUGAGUCAUUUUGCAUACAACAGUGCUUCACCACCGAAAUCAUACAUAAGAGGAAAACUGGGACUAGAAGAAUAUGCUGUCUUUUAUCCACCAAAUGGUGUAAUCCCUUUUCAUGGAUUUUCAAUGUAUGUUGCACCACUUUGUUUUCUAUACCAUGAACCUUCCAAACUGUAUCAGAUAUUCCGUGAGAUGUAUGUGCGUUUUUUCUUCAGGCUUCAUUCCAUCUCUUCUCAUCCUUCUGGUAUUGUGUCACUCUGUCUGCUGUUUGAAACUCUUCUGCAAACUUAUCUCCCCCAACUCUUUUAUCAUCUGCGAGAAAUUGGGGCUCAACCACUUCGCAUAUCAUUUAAAUGGAUGGUUCGAGCUUUCUCUGGAUACUUAGCUACAGAUCAACUCUUGCUUUUGUGGGACAGAAUCCUAGGAUACAACUCUCUGGAAAUUCUUGCUGUCCUGGCAGCUGCUGUGUUUGCUUUCCGAGCAGUGAACCUGAUGGAGGUGACAUCACUGGCUGCAGCUGAAGCGGUUCUUGCUGACCUUUCUACUUUAAAAGUUAUGCCUCUUCUUCAGAUUUUUCUGUUUGCUACUGUCACCUGAUCUUCUGCAAGGUCACUGACAAUACAUCUAGUUUUUCAUUAGAAAGUAAUCAUGAACUAUGCAAAAUCUGCAUAAAACCAAAAUUAAA